CACACCAGACCUAGGGGGCGAUGCGGCUGCAGCCCCUGCUGCAGACUGUCCUCUGGGCCGUGCUCCUCAGCUCCCCUCUGCGAGGGGGCUGUGGCCUCCGCCUUGCGGUCUACUGGAACUCCAGUAACCCCAGGCUGCUUCGAGGAGACGCCGUGGUGGAGCUGGGCUUCAAGGAUUACCUAGACAUCAUCUGCCCACACUAUGAGAGUCCAGGGCCCCCUGAGGGCCCCGAGACAUUCGCAUUAUACGUAGUGGACUGGGCAGGCUACAAGGCCUGCCGGGCUGAAGGGCCGGGUGCCUUCAAGCGCUGGGAGUGCUCCCACCCCUUCGCUCCCUUUGGCCCUGUUCGAUUUCCAGAGAAGAUUCAGCGCUUCACGCCCUUCUCCCUUGGCAUGGAGUUCUUGCCUGGAGAGACCUACUACUAUAUCUCAGUGCCAGCUCCGGGGAGUCCUGGCCAAUGCUUGAGGCUCCAGGUGUCUAUCUGCUGCAAGGAGGACACGGACCCUUCCUGACACCCCCAGGAACCAGAGCCCUCCCAAGACUCCUUGGAGAGGGGCACCUGCCCCCUACCUGAGCUGGGAGUGCCAAGCCAGACAGACAAGAUAGAAGAGUGAUGGGGGAGGUCUGAGCUGACCCUUCCAGGUACUGGCCUCCUCAUCACAGGCUGAAGAGGAGCCACAGGGGAGCGGCGGACAGCCCUGGGCACCUUGGG